AUGCCUUCUCUUCCAUUCAGCGCUUCUUCCUCGCCAUCUUCUUCUCCCAGCUCGUCGCCAGCGCCCUCGAUAGUUCUUCAUCCCGCAUCGGGCGCUUCAGCAAGGAAGUCACUUCACACAUCGAAAGAGGACGCUGCGGAAGCAUACCGCAACCGUUACGCACAAUACCUCGCCUGCACCUUCAACAUGUCGAUACAAGCUGCGCUGGUCGAAGCUGAUAACAUGUUGGCUCCCCAGCGUCGCUCAUCGAGUGUGUCGGAAGCCGAGUCGUUGCGCGAGAUUUGA